GAAAAUCCAUAGGUAACGAUGGCUUUCUUCGAGUCCUUCCUCGAGCUCUUCAGCUCUCAUCGCUGCCGUCGCGAAACCCCUCACCGAGGAGAUCGCCGUCAGUCAAAACCACCUCAGGCGAUCGGCUAUAACCGUCACGCCGGCUUAAGUCACCUCGAGGACAAAACCCUGGUGGUGGACGUGGAGGGCGCCCUGCUGCGGUCUUCCUCCACCUUUCCUUACUUCAUGCUCGUCGCCGUGGAAUCCGGUAGUCUCCUCCGCGGUCUCCUCCUCCUGCUGCUCCACCCUCUGGUCCACUUCCUCCGCCGCGACGCCGCCCUCCGAGUCAUGGUCCUGCUCUGCUUCGCCGGAAUCCGGGAAGCGGAGUUCCGGGCGGGGAGGGCGGUGCUGCCCAAGCACCUGUUGGCCGACGUGGGGAAGGAGGCCUGGGAGGCGGCGAGGAGGGCGAGGAGGAAGGUGUGUGUGAGUGCCAUGCCGAGGGCGAUGGUGGAAGCGACGGCGAAGGAGUACUUGGGGGCGGACGUCGUGGUGGGGAGGGAGUUGAGUGUGUUUCGCGGAUAUUAUACCGGUCUGAUGCAAGAGGAGGCGGACGACCACCGGAGCUUAGACGAAAUACUCGCCGGCGCCGGAGAAGAGUUAGACGAAGGCAAUGUCGUUGGAUUUAGGAGUCACAACAAGUACUCUCCUCCGCACCGAUUCUUCUCUUACUGCAAGGAAAUUCUCAUAGUCACUGAAGCAGAGAAGAAGCAUUGGCAAGCCUUGCCCAGAGAAGACUACCCAAAGCCUUUGAUAUUCCACGACGGCAGGCUGGCCUUCCAACCCACCCCUUUACCCACCUUGGCGAUGCUCCUCUGGCUCCCUUUUGCCAUCUUCCUCACCGUCUUCAGGAUUUUCGCCUUCGUAACUCUGCCUCCUGAGCUCGCUCUCCUCAUCGGAGCUUCUUCCGGCAUGUUCAUCAGAGUCAUCAAGUCUCCCCAAGAAAGUGGAGUCGUCGUCAAGGACGAUGAUAAAGCCCAUGGAAAGCUCUAUGUAUGCAACCAUCGAACCCUCCUUGAUCCCUGCUACAUCUCGUCCGUGUUGCUGAACAAUAUGGUCGUGGCCACCGUGUACAGUGUUAGCCGGGUGUCGGAGGUUCUAUCACCGAUCAAAACGAUCAAACUCACCAGGGAGAAGGAGAGAGACCGCGAGGAGAUGGCGAGGUUGCUCCGGCGAGGAGAAGACCUGGUGGUGUGCCCCGAAGGGACCACUUGCCGGGAGCCAUACAUGCUGAGGUUCAGCCCUCUGUUCGUGGAGCUGGCCGAUGAGGUGUUUCCGGUGGCACUGACGGUGCGCGGCGGCAUGUUCUACGGCACGACGGCCGCCGGGGCCAAAUGGCUGGAUUCCUUCUAUUUCCUAAUGAACCCUCGGCCAGAGUACAGAGUGGAGUUCCUGCCCAAGAUGUCACUCUCGCUCGCCGGCGAGGACAGGUGCAAAGUCGCCAAUCGCGUGCAGCGGGAGAUCGCAGCGGCGCUGGGCUACCAGUGCACCAUGCUGACGAGGAGGGACAAGUACAUGCUGCUCGCGGGGAACGAAGGGACUGUUCAGUCAAGCAAAUAAAUUAAGGGGGUAAAAAUUGAAAAGGGACCCUACAUAUUUUUUUAAAAAAGUAUUUUUUUUAAAUAUCGAAAAUGUUCGUAUGGUUAAAAUAAAUUAAAAUUUUAGUUUAAUUUAA